GUCACCACUGACCUCCAUCCAAAGAAGGACUAACUUUACCUUUCCCCACAGGAACCUCCAAGUCUCUAAUUGGUACAGGCACAUAUGUUCAUGGCGGCCACAAACCAGGAUGCAGAGCCAACAUGGGAAGAAAUUCUGGGCAGUAACAACUGGGACUCUCUUCUUGAUCCUCUCCACCUCUCCCUCCGCCAACUCAUCCUCCGCUGCGGUGACUUUUGCCAGGCUACCUACGACGCGUUCAACAAUGACCAGAGCUCCAAGUACUGUGGCACUAGCCGCUACGGUAAGUCCACAUUUUUUGACAAGGUCAUGCUGGAAUCUGCCUCCGAUUAUGUCGUCUCCGCGUUUCUUUACGCCACCGCUCGCGUCAGCGUCCCAGAGGCCUUCCUUCUCCGUUCCAAGUCCCGUGAGAACUGGGACCGCGAGUCAAACUGGAUCGGUUACAUUGCCGUGACUUCUGACCAAAGAACGGAAGCUUUGGGCCGCCGUGAGAUCUACAUCGCCUUGCGCGGUACCACCAGGGACUACGAGUGGAUUGAUGUUCUCGGCGCAGAGCUCACCUCUGCUAAAUCCCUGCUGCGUCCAAUCACUCCAGAAAAAUUAAUUAAAUCCGACGGUGACAGCAGUAGCAGCGACGACGAAGACAGCGACACCACCCCUAAAGUGAUGCUGGGUUGGAUGACGAUUUACGUCUCCGACGACCCAAAAUCGGAAUUCUCGAAAUCAAGUGCGAGAACCCAACUUCUGCGUAAGAUCAAAUCCUUGAUAGAGCAAUACAAAGACGACAACUUGAGCAUCAUAUUCACCGGACACAGUCUGGGGGCUUCCCUGUCCGUUGUUAGCGCUUUCGAUGUGGCGGAGAACGUGACGGAUGAUAUUCCGGUGGCUGCUUUUGUGUUCGGCUGCCCAAAAGUUGGGAACAGUGCUUUCAAAGAGAGAAUCGAACAGCACAAAAACUUAAACAUUCUGCAUAUCAAAAACAAAAUCGAUGUUAUACCCCACUAUCCCCCAAGAUUGAUGGGGUAUGCUUAUAUUGGAACGGAACUGGUGAUCGACACCAGAAAGUCUAAAAGUUUGAAAGACUCGAAGAAUCCGAGCGAUUGGCAUAAUUUGCAGGCGAUUUUGCAUAUAGUAGCAGGGUGGAAUGGGGAGGAAGGAGAAUUCAAGCUGAAGGUAAAGAGGAGCUUGGUGCUGGUGAACAAGUCUUGCGAAUUCCUGAGUGAUCAGUACUUGGUGCCAGGAUCGUGGUGGGUGGAGAAGAACAAAGGGCUUGUGAGGAACGAAGACGGAGAGUGGGUGAGUGCUCCGCCGGCCGACGAGGACUUACCGGUUCCUGAGUCUGUUUGACUGUUAGAAAAAGUCCAUGGUUGCUUGGUUGUCCUUUUGUGUGUUAUGUCUGUGCCACUUUUAAUUAUUUCUCUUUAAUUAUGCAAAGUUUUAGUUUAAUAGUCCCGUCUGAUUUUAAAUAAUUAUCUCUUUUUUUU